UGGUUAAUUAAACAAGUUGCAUGCCAAUAGAAGAAAUCCAGCUGCUGGUUGAUAUAAAAGAAACGGUGGCCAAAGACAGAACAAGGCUUUUCGAUUCAUUGUGAUUUUUGAGACUGACUGUUAUUACCAUGACUGAAUCCGCUCUGGUUUCAUCUCUCGUGGCACUGCUCUGUGCUCUCCUGCCACUCUGUGCUGCUCAAGGCAGCUGCAGGGGCAGAUGCGGCGAGCCGUUCGCCCGUGGCCAGAUCUGCAACUGUGACCACAGCUGUUUUGUCUACGACGAAUGCUGCAAGGAUUUUGAAGAAGUCUGCACUACCAGUGGCUCAUGCAGGGGUCGAUGUGGAGAGCCGUUCCUUCGUGGAAGAGAGUGUAACUGUGAUUCAGACUGUGUCCUCUAUAACACCUGCUGCUCUGACUAUCAUGCACAGUGUGAUGCUUUCUCCAAUCCACAAGCUGCAAGAAGCUCAAUGCUUCACAAACCAACAGAUUAUACGGACCAAUGUAUGGCAUCAUGUCUCGCAGCUCAACCAAGCCCAGAUCUCCGGAUAGAUGGGUCCAGUGCUCUGAACUCUAUGUCUCAAACUGACGCUCCAGCAGUCCUUGCCGGAGCCCCAGUCGCCCUCAGCAUUUAUGCCCCCAUGACCCCGUCUGACGUACCAGCCACUGGCUCCAAUACUUCGGAAGUCCCUCUACCUGACUUAGAUCCGACCUCUGGACCUUCUUCCGGGCAACCCCUAAUUAUUCCUUUACAGGCAUCCCUCUCCAUCAAUGAACAAGGCAAUAGCACUCUUGAUGACAUCACACAGGCAAUGGGCGCAAGCACCCCUGCAGGAUUAGAUGCAAGUUUGAACCCUGACAUCUGCAGCAGCCUUCCUAUUGAUGGGCUGGCAACUCUCUUCAAUGGCACCAUCAUAGUUUUUAAAGGUCACUACUUUUGGCUGCUGAAUCCCAAGACCAGAAGAGUCGGUCCUGCUCGUAACAUCACAGAAGAGCUUGGCAUCCCGUCCCCUAUCGACACUGCCUUCACACGCUGCAACUGUCAGGGAAAGACCUACAUCAUCAAGGGUGAAAACUACUGGGUUUUUGAGAAUGGUGUCAUGGAGUCUGGAUAUCCUCGAUUAGUGUCUAAGGACUUUGGUGGGCUCACUGGUGAGAUCACUGCUGCUUUGUCUAUCCCAGCACUUCGGAAGAGGCCCGAGAUUGUGUACUUCUUUAAGAAAGGAGGAGUGGUUCAGAAAUUCUCUUAUCCACCUGGAAGUGGACCUGCUUGUCCUGGAAAGAGAAGCAAAGAUUCAGUCUACGCCAAGAUCCGGCGUGCAAGACAAGCAGGGAACCAGUUAUCAGGCGAGAUCAACAUUAGCCUCAAAUGGAAGGGUUUCCCCACCCCGGUGACUUCAGCUGUGUCUGUGCCUAACUCCAGAAAGACUGAGGGGUUCGAUUACUUUGUUUUCUCUUGGCCUAAAGUCUACAACAUUAAGAUCAAUGGUGAUCUGCCUACUUUGGCAGCUCCUGCCAGCAGCUCCUCCCAGCAGAAUGAGAUCAGAAGCUGGCUCGACUGUCCCUGAGAGAUCGACACUAACCAGACAUCAGCGACAGCUGCACAGCAACACACAUUUCUUCAUUUAUUUGCAAAACUAAUGAACAUAGCAUCAGCGUAAUUACUCACAAAGUACAAAAU